UGAAGAUUUUUAAUUAUGAAUUAGUGUUUUGAUAGCUCUUAGUACCUAAAUAAAACUUGUUUUUACUUGACAAAAAAUGUGGAGUUAUUACUACAUUAACGCUUUGAUGCUAUGACACUUCCCCAAUAUUUCUUAUGUUGAAAAAUCACCCAAUCGUUUUAAAUUAAUAUCAAAAAAUUGUUUAGCCCAAUUUGUUUUGGAUCCAUUGAAUUUGCAUAAUUGUUAACCUAACUAGGCUGAUAGCCCAACAGUCAAUACCAUUACUUAAUCUCAUUUGUUGUGGGCUACUUAUAUGGGCCGGUAGCUCAAUCCUCCUUAAACUUGAGAGUUUUAACUUUUCCAAACGGCAACGUUUUUGUAGUGACCGAAUUUCGUUUUGCGGGUUACCCGUUGGAUUGAUGAUCUACCAUGCAGCAAAAUUUUCGGAGCGAUGUCGUUUUUAUCCCCUGUCCCUAAAAUCCGAACGCCUUAAUCCGUCCUUGCAUUGCAAGAAAUUUCGUUAUUUUAUAUUUUUAAACAUUUAUUUUAAAAUUCAUUUCAACGACCUAAAACCCCAAAACCAAAAUAGGGUUUAUGUUACCCCACUGCCAAACUUCAAGCAAGUGUAAAACCUCUGUCUCCAUCUUCCCCAAACCCCCCAUCGUUGCUCUCGCUUCGAAGUUCAAACAUGAGCAAAGGACCAGGACUCUUCUCUGAUUUCGGCAAACAGGCCAAAGAUUUACUCAACAAAGACUAUACCUCCGACCAGAAAUUCACCAUUUCUAGCACCAGCUACACUGGAGUGGCGGUUGCAUCAAAUCUCGUGAAUAAGGGAGGUCUCUCCUCUGGGGAUGUUGCUGCGCAAUACAAGCACAAGAAUGCUGUAGUUGAUGUCAAGCUUGACACAGAGUCAAAUAUCUUGACAACCUUCACUGUCACAGAUUUACUUCCAUCUGCAAAAACUGUGGCUUCAUUUAAACUGCCUGAUUUUAACUCUGGAAAGUUAGAGGUUCAGUAUUUCCAUGAACAUGCAGCUCUGACUACAGCUGUUGGGCUGAAGAAAUCCCCAGCUGUUGAUUUUUCUUCAACCAUUGGUACUCCCAGCAUUGCUUUUGGUGCAGAGGCAAGCUACAUCACAUCUCCUGGUGAAUUUACAAAGUAUACGGCUGGAGUAAACAUUAUAAAGCCAGAUUCCAAUGCUUCAGUAAUCCUGGCUGACAAAGGAGACUCCCUAAGGGUGUCAUAUUUGCAUCAUCUAAAUCAGCUGAAUGGUGGAGCUGUGGUAGGUGAAAUGGUGAGAAAGUUCUCCACUAAUGAAAACACAUUAACUGUGGGAUGUUCGUAUAAUGUUGAUCCACACACAGUGGUGAAGGCAAAGCUCAACAACCAUGGCAAUCUUGGUGCUCUUGUGCAGCAUGAGCUCAGACCAAAGUCCUUCCUUACGAUAUCUGGGGCCUUUGACACAAAGGCCUUGGAGAAGACUCCCAAGUUUGGUUUGGCUCUCUCUCUAAAGCCUUGAACAGGUAUAUUGACUUCAUGAUAGAAAUGAAGGAUGUGGCUGAUUUUCUUUCUUGUCACUUUCACAUGGGCAUUUUGAUAUUGAUUGAUACCUUUAAGAAAGUGUUCACUUUUGUUGAUUGUUCAAAGUCUUUGAUUAUUACUCUUUUAAUAAAUUUUUACUCAAAAUUUAGUGGCUAUGCCUCUUGUUUAGAAUA